CCUCUUUUACAAUGUGUCUCUCUUCAUCAGAGGGCAGUAUCUCUCGAGCGUGCAGGACACUUUCUUUUGAGGAAUCUAACAAAGAUGAACCGUGUUCCUCUGCUCCUCCUCCUUCAGUGUGUGUUCCACCACCUGUUCGACCGACAGCGCAAAGCACACCAACCCUUCCUAGAGUUCCUGCUCCACAGCUUCCUGGAAAUGAUAAUAACACGCGUCAGUAGAAGAGUUCUCAUCAACAGAGGAUCUGGAUGAAGACUGAGUUGGAAUCCAUGGGUCUGUGGCCAGGCUCUCCUCCUGUGAGCAACCCCAUGAAGACCGUGUCACUGUGGCGUUUACCUCCUCAACCUGAGCUGAUAGACACAGUCUCUGAUCUGCCGUCAGCCAAAUAUUUUCAGCUUCAUCCUUUUUUUAUUUGGAAACCUGAAAAUGACACCUUGAUGGCUAGACUUAAGAGUAACUAUGCUCUGCCAUGCAUUGCGGGGUGUAGCAAAGCACAGGUCACGUGUGCAGGAGUUGGUAGACCUCGUGUGAUCGUGGGCAUCACAGGUCAGUACUACCUGUUCUCAUCUCGGCUGUGCUGCAAAGUCUGCAAGAAAAGGUGGUAUGCAGACAACCCACAGUGGCUGGAAAAGCUCCCCAAACGGUUUACAAAUGUACUGCCAGCAAUUCUUACUUACAAGAAGGCCAUCUGUAGAUCUGUGAUGGAUGAGCUGCAGCGUACCGGAAAAUCACCCUCAGACAUGGCCAGGCAGGUGAUUGAAAUGAUGCACCUGAAAUUUGAACGUGCCGACUUUGCCUACCUCCUCAGUUGCCAGAAUGUCCUGGAUUCUGAGGCUGGAAAGUAUGGACAGAAAACCAUCACAGGAUUCCUAAGAAAUGAGACCAAGCCUGCUCCCUUUGGCGAGUAUGAUGAUCCUGAUGGAUGGAAUGGAAUCUCUGUGUCUGCAGACUACCUCACUGACUGCCUCCUUUAUGAGUACCAGCGACAACAGGUAGCUAUUAGAAAGCUACUGCAGGGCACCUUUGGGCAGGCUUUACGUUCUGACCACACCCGGAAAGUGGCAAGGAAAGUUACAUUUACCUCUGGCACAAUGUCAUCUUACGCCACCAUGAACGAAAACUGGAUGAUCCUUUCGUGGGUGAUGGUGCAGUCUGAGACGGAAAGGUCAUUGGAACCCAUGUAUCAGGGCCUAGCAAACCGGUACAACAUUGCAGGAGUGGAAAAGGCAAGGGAUUGCUGUGCAGCGUUCAGGGUGCCGGAUCUGCAGGCAGGAGAACAUCUCAACUGGAAUGCCUGGAGAACUGCUGAUGCUGAUAUUGCCGAGGCCACUUCUGGUGAACUGCAAAAUGCAUGCGCAUCAAGAUCUCGCUUCAAUCAGCACAUCAAUGUCAAGCUCGACCUGUUUCAUUGCAUGAGGCGCUUUCACCGGGAUUGUGUUUCCGAGCAUCAUGCUUUAUACAGCUCCUUCACCCAGUUCCUGUCUGCUGCUUUCUGUGUGGUGGAUCAAGAAGACCUGAUGAAGCUCAAGAAUGCCUAUGCAUUUUGUGGUAUUCAGCCAGCCAACCCCACCAAGCAGCACAUUCGGGAGCACUGCAGAACAAAGAUUCCUGGUUCUCAAGAACUUCUCAAAAGGAUUGAGGGGGUCACGCAGCACUUCCAUUUGGCAGCUGAUCCAAAUGGUGUUCACCUCUACAAACCCUCUAUGUUGAAGACAUGGCGCAUUCAGCGUGUCCAUAUUUUGAGGGGAUGUCUCAGUGAUCCUGAAGUAGCAGGUGAGAUCCUGUAUAGGCAUGGUGGGACACUGCAGCUUAAUCACGUCCAGGGUGAGGGAGCUAAAGUUGAUGUCUGGGUGCCAAUAAGAGGCACAUCACAGCAGGAGGGCUACCACUUCCACCAGGCUCAGUGGGUCACCGGCACACGUGUUUCCUCUGAGUUGUUUCAAGCCCAGGGGAUGAUGGGAGUGGCACGUUGGAACUUUCAGCGCCUGGUGGACCUGAAAUCACCAGGUGUUCGGCUUCCUGGUGUAUUUGAUCCAUCCCUGAUCGCAGAUCUCAAUACUACGUCUGAAAGGGUGUUCGGAAUGCCCAAGUAUCCUGCCCUUCUAGUGUCCAGCAAGGAUUCUGGGGAGAGGUUUGGGCUAGACUAUGUGGAGCCUGGAUGUCGCCCUGUUGUGCUAGAUUGGGAAAAGCAUAAGAGCAAAACUGAUCUGCCUUUAGAUCUUCCCGAGCAAAGCAGACCGUCCACUGCCAGGGCUGGAUACCUUUCAUCUGACCUUGAUCCACAUCCAGAGUCAGGAUCCAUUACCACUUUGCCUGCCCCCUUGCUGUCCUCAUGCCAUGGUGCUGAUGUGGAUCUUCAGCCUAAGCCAGAAUCUGCUGAUACGCUGCCUGUGUCAUUGUUUCACCGUGCCUGCACAGAGCCUCAGUCAGAGCCAGGAACAACACAUGUACCGCCUCUGCCUAUGGUGUCCUCACCUGCAAGCGCUCGUACUGGACCUGUGAAGACUGGUGGAAGGGUGUUUGUGCUAGACCACAAACGGUGGACAACGGCAAUGAAGGAGGCAAUUGACAACCUGCUUACUGAACAUCAUGGGAAGAAGGAUAUGCUCAAACUUGUGGAUCAGGAGUAUGCAGCAAUGGUCCAUAACUCCAGUACUGAUCCCAACAGCAUGCUCCAUCCUACUACAAAACUGCACAUAGCUCAGUAUGUCAAGCACUUGGCCAAAUUGCUAAACACCAGUUCUUCGUUAAAUACUUCUCCUGAAAAACUACUUCAGACACAGCGACUGUGGCACUCUCUGACAGAGGGGAGCGAGACUACUAGUGUGCCAGUGGUUAAAAUUAAUCCUGCAGUUGUAAACCCACCAGCACUUGCUCUGACCACACCACUUUCACACGCAACCAUUGAGAGGAUCGUUGAGGGUAUUAUGGAGAAGCAUCAACAGCAACAACAACAACAACAACCAGAACAAAAAAAGAAACAGAUGAAGACUUGUGCUGCCUGCAGACAGCCCAAGUCUCGCUAUGAAAGUGAUGGUUCCUCCAUCCAUUUUUUUUACCAGCAAGGACCUGUUAGGUACUUCUACUGUUCCACCAAGGUUUUUAAGGCUUAUAGUGGUGAAGGCCUGACAAAUCCCAUAAUGCCUUUUAAAGAUUUUAUGGAAACAGAGUUCUUCCAGAGGGAACUGGAUACAAAAAAAAGGGUGGAAGAGAAGGGACAGCAAAAACGAAAAUUCCUGAAUCUCCGCAUGUAGGUCGCCUGUGUCGGUUUUGUAAAAUGGAACUCAAACAAGGUCCAAACAGUCCACACAUACAUACGGGCUUUCCUGGAAUUGCUGGGAAAUAUGUUUAUUGUCCUGCUAAAGUAUAUUCCAUACACAGAGAACAGGGUAUGGAGAAAGAGAUGACCUGGAAAGACUUUCAAAAGUCUACUUUUUACAAUAUGGAAAGACAGAGAUGGGUUUCUGGAAAAAAGUAAAUGAGA